CACACUAUUCAAGAAACAGAGUAUAUUGCAUCCGAAAGCCAAAACAAAAUCUCUCCUGCAGCAAAAAAAAAGAGAUGGAUUUCAAAGAUAUGGAUUUCAGAGGUUUCGUCUCUCCACUCUUGGACACCGUCCAAAACAUAAUAGACCUCCACGAGGAUGCGGAAAAGACCCCCAACACACCAUCAAGGGCCUAUGUGCGUGACGCCAAGGCUAUGGCAGCAACACCAGCGGACAUUAAAGAGUACCCCAAGUCUUAUGUGUACAUCGUCGACAUGCCGGGGCUGAAAUCGGGGGACAUCAAGGUGCAAGUCGAAGACGACAAUGUGCUGCUGAUAAGCGGAGAAAGGAAUAGAGAGGAAGAGAAAGAAGGAGCCAAGUACGUGAGAAUGGAGAGGCGGGUCGGCAAGUUUAUGAGGAAGUUUGUACUACCUGAGAUUGCUAAUACCGAUGCUAUUUCUGCAGUGUGUCAUGAUGGGGUUUUGACUGUAACUGUGGAGAAACUGCCACCACCUGAGCCUAAGAAACCUAAGACCAUCGAGGUCAAGAUUGCUUAAGAGUUUAAAACAAUCAGUGUUUGACGUGCUCUCUUUCUGAAUGUGUUUUGGGUUUGAUAUUGUAGUUUCCUUUCCUGUUAAAUUGUUAUGAUGAAAUCAUGGACCGCUGUUGUUAUUAAUUACUCCUUUUUUUUUAUUGGCUUUUCUCCAACAUAAAAUG